AUGUCUAUGGCUGAUAUUCGGCAAUUGAUUUCAGAAUUGGCCAAGAACACGGCACAUCCCGAUGAAAGCAAAGCUUGUUACAAAACAUUACAUCGAAUCUUCCACGAGAAGUCACUUACCAGAUCUAAAGAAGCAGCAAGGCUUAUGCUUGCCCUAGGUGACCAAGAUUUACUCCGAGCACUUCGGCGUCGAUAUUCAAACAACAGUUGUACAGGUUCUUAUGAUGUUCGUGGAAUAUCUACGAAAUCGGAAUCAAAGCAGAUAAACGGGACACCUGUUAGUCACAUUGAGAAAUCUGGUGAUGUCAUUCAUACGGUAUUUUCAGAGUCGGGGAUGAAUCAAGCCACGUCUCUUAAAGACUUCCAAGAAAAAUCGUUCAUGGGAAGAAGAAAAAUGGCAAACAGUGGACAUGGGGAGUCGAUGGUUCAAAAGAAAUCUCAUAAGAUUUCUUUUCAGAGGAAACAAACAUCAAGGUUAAGGAAUACUAUGUUACUUCGAGAAAACCCUGUUACGGAAGACGAGAAAACGAAUCAAUAUUCUCCAGAGGAAGUUAUGAUAGACAAAGAUUUGGAAGAUGUUUCGGCAGUGUCCAAUUUUCUUGCUAGAACACACUCUGCAUCUAACAUUACUAAGAAUGCAGACAGCACAAAACCUUUCGGUUAUCUGUCUAAUUCAAGUACUUCUACAGUGUCAGGCGGCUCUUUAGAUUCUGAUAAGCUCGGAUGGAAUAAUGAGAAUUUUGUGAAGCCCUCAUCCCGACCUGCGCCAGAUGAUAAUAGUCGUUGUCACACAAAACGAGUUUUACAAGUGACAGGUUUACACCAUCGUCCCAGAGCUGUUCAUUUACCUGAUGGCAAAAUUAGGAUACCUGCAUCACUUCCUGUCAUUCCUUCAACUACCUUCAAUCGCAUGAACAGCUUGAAAUAUGUAUCAAAAAUCUCAGAUAAAAUUCAGAAAAGGAAGAAUUUUAGAAAGAUUUCAAUGAUGGACGCAAUGGAAGCACCUGAGUAUGAACUACCCAAGAACAUCUUUGAAGACCUUCAUGUUGUCAAGCAACAUCGUCGUAGUUUCUUUGCCGAUGGUAACUCAUUAGUAGAGGUACGACCAAGAACAAUGCCAACGGCACCGACUCUGAUUGCAACCCAUACUGCAGAAGGAAAAUUCCACGUUCCUAUCGACAUAGAAAGCAACCGUCGCGCUAUUCUCGCAAUAAAUACGAUUUAUAAUGCUCUUCAUUCUCAUUAAAAUUAUUGACGUUGGCAUAACUGGGGAAUAUGCUGCUUUGACAACAUUUGAAGUUAAUCCUGGAAAACGGACUUGCAUUAUCAAUCAUGUUUAGAUAAUUAUUCAGGAUUGUUGUGGUAGUAUAACUAUAAGAUACAACGAUUACUGAUUUUGUUAUCAUUUCUUAAUCUCAUGAUGCUGAAAGAUAAAGGCAAAAGAUAAAGCUAACGAAUCUUUGAAAUGUUUGACUAAUUUUCUUUCAGUAUCUAUAUUGAUACACGUUUUGACAUUACUCUGUUAAACCUGUCUCACACUCUGCGAUUCGUUGCGAUUCGAAUUU